GCUCUGCGGGCAGUCAGCUCAGUGACAGCAGGACUCAGUCACCAGCCUGCACUCAUAUACCACUGCCCGGAGAACUCUGUAGGUGCAAUUCUCCUCUGGAUCUAUAGCCUCCUAUCCACAAGAGAAGUAUGUGGCUUCAACUGGUUUGAGGACACCUUGUAAAACAAAACCUCUGAGUAAAGGUGCUUUCAUGAACUUUGGUGCUUCUUUUUAUUCUAAAGAAAAGAAUGGAUUAACAGCAUUUAACGCAUAAAGAUACCUCUCUGGGGAACACUUUAUAACUAGCACAUGGUUUUCCUGGGUCUGGCUGGAGCCUAGACAUCCUGCAGUAUUUAAACAAUGGAUAAUUACUUUACAGAGGGUGCAAAAGUUUGGCUACGAGAAAAUGGACACCAUUACCCUAGUUUUGUACAGUCCUGUGCAGGGGGCAUUGUGGUAUUUAAAACCAUGUAUAAUGAGGUAUUUACAUAUAAACAAAGCACAAUUACACGUCAGAAGGUGACAGCGAUGCACCCAACAAGCACUGAUGGUGUAGAAGAUAUGGCAGCUCUAAUUGACCUUCAUGAAGGUUCCAUCAUGUACAACCUCUUCCAGCGAUACCAAGAGAACAAAAUAUAUACAUAUAUUGGCUCCAUUCUUGCAUCUGUCAAUCCUUACAAAAUAAUUCCAGGACUGUAUGACCAUAACACAGUGGAGAUGUACAGCAGACAUCACAUAGGAGAAAUCCCUCCUCACAUCUUUGCUGUGGCCAAUGAGUGUUACCGCUGCCUUUGGAAACGCCAUGACAACCAGUGUGUCCUCAUCAGUGGUGAAAGUGGAGCAGGCAAGACAGAGAGCACAAAACUGAUCCUCAAGUAUUUAUCUGCAAUGAGCCAGCAUUCCCUGGAAGUCUCUUCAAAAGAAAAGACUGCUAGUGUGGAGAAAGCUAUACUGGAGAGCAGCCCAAUUAUGGAGGCCUUUGGGAAUGCAAAGACUGUUUACAAUAAUAAUUCAAGCCGUUUUGGGAAGUUUAUUCAGCUGAAUAUUUGCCAGAAAGGACACAUUCAGGGUGGACGGAUUGUAGACUAUUUAUUAGAAAAAAAUCGCGUGGUGAGACAGAAUCCUGAUGAGAGGAAUUACCACAUAUUCUAUGCACUUCUGGAGGGAGCAAACAAAGUGGAGAGAGAGGCAUUUUAUUUAUUGCAAGCAGAAAAGUACCACUACUUGAACCAAUCUGGAUGUACCAGAGAUGAGACAAUCAGCGACAAGGAAACCUUUCAGGAAGUUAAAACUGCCAUGGAAGUCAUGCAGUUUACCAGUGAGGAUGUCCGAGAGGUUCUCAGGUUGCUUGCUGGCAUUUUGCACCUGGGAAAUAUUGAAUUCAUUACUGCUGGAGGGGCACAAGUUUCCACAAAAACAGCUCUGGGAAGAACCGCUGAGUUGUUGGGGUUGGAUUCUGAUCAACUAACAGAAGCACUAACGCACAGAUCAAUGAUCCUCAGGGGAGAGGAAAUCUCUACACCACUGAGCAUCGAGCAGGCGGUGGAUAGCAGAGAUUCUGUGGCUAUGGCACUUUAUUCACAAUGUUUUACAUGGAUCAUAAAAAAGAUCAAUAGCAGAGUAAAAGGAAAAGAUGAUUUCAAAUCUAUCGGAAUCCUUGACAUCUUUGGAUUUGAGAACUUUGAGGUCAAUCGGUUUGAACAGUUCAGCAUAAACUAUGCAAAUGAAAAGUUACAAGAAUAUUUUAACAAGCACAUUUUCUCACUAGAGCAAUUAGAAUACAGCAGAGAGGGGCUUGUGUGGGAAGAUAUUGACUGGAUUGAUAACGGAGAAUGUUUGGACUUGAUAGAAAAGAAACUAGGUUUACUAGCGCUCGUUAAUGAAGAAAGCUACUUCCCUCGAGCUACUGACUACACCUUGUUGGAGAAGUUACAUAACCAGCACGCUAACAAUUCUUUUUAUGUGAAACCAAGAGUUGCUGUGCAUAACUUUGGCGUUAAACAUUAUGCGGGAGAGGUUUUGUAUGAUGUGAGAGGAACCCUAGAGAAGAAUAGAGAUACAUUUCGGGACGAUCUACUCAAUCUCCUUCGUGAAAGCAGACUUGAUUUUAUCUACGACCUUUUUGAACAUGUUUUAAGUCGAAAUAACCAAGACACACUGAAAACUGGAAACAAGCACCGAAAACCUACUGUCAGCCUGCAGUUUAAGGUCUCCCUACAUUCCUUAAUGGCAACUUUGAGCACAUCAAAUCCUUUCUUUGUUCGCUGUAUCAAGCCAAAUGUACAAAAGAUGCCAGACCAGUUUGAUCAGACUCUGGUUCUUAACCAGUUAAGAUAUUCCGGAAUGCUGGAGACAGUCAGGAUACGCAGGGCUGGCUUUCCAGUGCGCAGACCUUUUCAUGAUUUUUAUUUUAGAUACAAAGUCCUAAUGAGAAACCUGACCCUUCCGGAGGACUUGAAAGGGAAAUGUGAGGAACUGCUUCAUCUUCACGACACCACAAAUACUGAAUGGCAGCUUGGAAAGACAAAGGUCUUCCUGCGAGAAUGCCUGGAACACAGACUGGAGAAGCAGCGUGAGGUAGAAGUCUGCAAGGCAGCUUUGAUAAUACAGUCCCAUGUGAUGGGUUUUGUGGCACGAAAGCAAUACAAAAAGAUCCUUUACUGUGCGGUUGUCAUACAGAAGAACUACCGAGCUUUUCUGUGGAGGACAAAGUUUCUGCGGCUCAAAAAAGCUGCAGUGACCUUCCAGAGACAGCUGCGUGGGCAAAUAGCCCGACGUAUCUACAAACAGCUCCGAGAGCAAAAACAGAGAGAGGAGGAAGAGAAGAAAAGGAAAGAAGAGGAGGAGAGGAAAAGAAAGGAAGAGGAAGAGAGGCUCAAGAAAGAAGAGGAAGAACGGAAAAGAAGAGAAGAAGAAGAAGAGAGGUUUAGAAAAGAGGCUGAAGAAAAAGAAAAACAAAGACAAGAAGCCGAAAUAUUAGCUAAGCAGGCACAGGAAGCAAGAGAACAACAGGAGCUUGCUGCUAUGCUAGAAGCCCAGAAGGAGGCUGUACUAAGGCGUGAGUUAGAGAAACAGAAGGAGAAUAAGCAGGUGGAAGAAAUCCUACGCUUGGAGAAAGAAAUUGAUGACCUGCAGCGCAUGAAGGAGAAGCAGGAACUUUCCCUUACAGAGGCAUCAUUGCAGCGACUACAGCAGCUGCGAGAUGAAGAGUUAAAGCGCUUGGAAGAGGAAGCUUGCAGAGCAGCUCACGAGUUCCUUGAAUCCCUGAACUUUGAUGAGAUUGAUGAAUGUGUGAGAAAUAUUGAAAUGUCUCUUUCUGACAAUGAUGUUUUUGCUGAAGAACUCAUUAAGGUACCAGGCACAGGUAUCUGUGAAAAACCAAAUUUUAAUUUCAGUCAACCAUACCCUGAAGAAGAGGUUGAUGAGGGCUUUGAAGCUGAUGAUGAUGCAUUUAAGGACUCUCCUAACUCAAGUGAGCAUGGCCAAUCAGAUCAGAGAACGAGUGGCAUUAGAACCAGUGAUGACUCAUCUGAAGAGGAUCCUUACAUGAAUUAUACAGUGGAACCAGCACCCCAUGCCGAUGCCAAUAAUACAUUAGUAUCUUCUGGAAAAGGAGGAGAGUCUGCCUACUGUGUGCCAGAAAAUGGGACAGGUGGAGUCCAAAAUCCAGGGAGCCUCAUUAAUUCAGAGGGUGAUUAUGAUUAUGACCAUGAUGACUACGAAGAUGGAGCUAUCACUUCCGGGAGCAGUGUGGCCUUCUCUAACUCACACAGUAGCCAGUGGUCUCCUGACUACCACUGCUCUAUAGGAACAUACAACAGCUCAUCAGCAUACAGGUUUAGCUCUGAAGGAGCUCAGUCCUCAUUUGAAGACAGUGAAGACGACUUUGAUUCAAGAUUUGACACAGAUGAUGAGCUUUCUUAUCGAAGGGAUUCUGUCUAUAGCUGUGUUAGCUUGCCUUAUUUUCACAGUUUUUUAUACAUGAAAGGUGGUGUGAUGAACUCAUGGAAGAAGCGUUGGUGUGUCUUGAAGGAUGAGACAUUCCUCUGGUUUCGGUCUAAGCAGGAAGCUUUGAAGCAGGGUUGGCUUCACAAGAAAGGUGGGGGGUCAUCUACUCUUUCUAGAAGGAACUGGAAGAAGCGCUGGUUUGUUCUCCGCCAAUCUAAGCUUAUGUACUUUGAAAAUGACAAUGAAGAGAGGCUAAAAGGAGGCAUAGAAAUUCGAGAUGCCAAAGAGAUUGUUGAUAACACUGGAAAAGAAAAUGGGAUUGAUAUAGUAAUGGAUAAUCGGACUUAUCACUUAAUUGCGGAGUCUCCUGAAGAUGCAAGCCAGUGGUUCAGUGUGAUGAGCCAAGUUCAUUCAUCCACAGAUCAGGAGAUACGGGAGAUGCACGAUGAGCAAGCGAAUCCUCAAAAUGCUGUGGGCACUUUAGACGUUGGAAUGAUUGAUUCAGUAUGUGCAUCUGAUAACCCAGACAGACCAAAUUCAUUUGUAAUUAUCACGGCAAACCGUGUCCUUCACUGUAAUGCUGAUACCCCUGAAGAGAUGCAUCACUGGAUCACCUUGCUGCAGAGAUCAAAAGGCGACACCAGAGUGGAGGGACAAGAAUUCAUUGUUCGAGGUUGGUUACACAAGGAAGUGAAAAACAGUCCCAAGAUGUCUUCAUUAAAGCUGAAGAAACGCUGGUUUGUCCUAACACACAACUCGUUAGAUUAUUACAAGACCUCUGAGAAAAGUGCUAUGAAGCUGGGUACCUUGGUGCUUAACAGUCUUUGCUCUGUGGUACAGCCUGAAGAGAAAAUCUUUAAAGAAACGGGCUACUGGAAUGUGACUGUAUUUGGCCGCAAGCACUGCUACCGUCUGUAUACAAAACUGCUGAAUGAGGCCACAAGAUGGUCGAGCGCUAUUCAGAAUGUGAUAGAUACAAAAGCACCAAUAGACACACCAACGCAACAGCUGAUUCAGGACAUAAAGGAAAACUGCCUGAACAAUGAAGUCGUGGAGCAGAUUUACAAGAGAAAUCCAAUUUUGCGUUAUACUCAUCACCCUUUACACUCACCUCUGUUACCGCUUCCCUAUGGGGACAUCAAUUUAAACUUGUUGAAAGACAAAGGAUAUACAACCCUUCAGGAUGAAGCCAUCAAAAUAUUUAACUGUUUGCAGCAGCUCGAGUCUCUAUCAGAUCCUGUACCAUUAAUUCAAGGCAUCCUCCAGACAGGCCAUGAUUUACGGCCACUUAGAGAUGAACUUUACUGCCAGCUCAUUAAACAGACAAACAAUGCACCAAAUCCUGGCAGCACAGGCAAUCUCUACCAUUGGCAGAUCCUCACCUGCUUAAGCUGCACAUUUCCACCUAGCCGAAGCAUCCUUAAGUAUCUGAAAUUCCAUCUUAAAAGGAUACGGGAACAAUUCCAAGGCUCCGAAAUGGAAAAAUAUGCUGUGUUUAUCUAUGAAUCUCUAAGGAAAUCUAAGUGCAGGGAGUUUGUGCCUUCCCGGGAUGAAAUUGAAGCCUUAAUUAACAGGCAGGAAAUUACAACCACUGUGUACUGUCAUGGGGGCGCUUGCAAGAUCACAAUUAACUCCCACACCACAGCUGGAGAGUAGUUGAGAAAGCUGAUUCGCGGUCUUGCAAUGGAAGAUAGCAGGAACAUGUUUUCCCUUUUUGAGUACAAUGGAGAAGCUGAUAAAGCUAUUGAAAGCAGAACUGGUGCUGAUGUGUUAGCAAAAUUUGAAAAACUUUCAGCAAACUCUGAGGUAGGAGAAAAGCCAUGGAAAUUCUACUUCAAGCUUUACUGCUUCCUAGACACAGAGCAUGUGCCAAAAGAUAGUGUGGAAUAUGUAUUUAUGUUUGUACAGGCUCAUGAAGCAGUUAUACGCGGCCACUACCCUGCACUUGAGGAUACGCUACAAGUUCUGGCAGCAUUGAGGCUACAGUAUUCUCUAGGAGACUACUCUCUACAUACCACCUUGCCAGAAAUGGAGAGUUUCUACCCCAUGCAAAAACUGAAGUCUCGUAUUACAUCUACCAAAACUAUGACUCCAAUGGAGAGAUCUGAAAGGAAGAGGUCAAGUUUCUUGGAAGGAACUUUAAGGAGGAGUUUUCCGAAGUGGCUCCAUCAGCAACAGAAGCUGGAAGAGGAGCAAAUGCUGGACAUGUGGGUGAAAGAAGAGGUUCCUCUCAGCACGGACCAAUAUAAUUGACAGUGGAAAAAAUUACAGGGUAUGAAACAAGAUCAAUGCAUAACAAAAUACAUGGCUUUGAUAAAGGAGUGGCCUGGCUAUGGAUCAACGCUAUUUGAUGUAGAAUGCAAAGAAGGUGGAUUCCCAGAACUUUGGCUCGGAGUUAGUGCUGAGGCGGUUUCUGUCUACAAGAGAGGAGAAGGAAAACCAUUAGAAGUGUUUCAUUUGAACAUAUCCUGUCUUUUGUGUGCUCCUUUUUCUAAUACUUACAAGAUGAUUGUGGAUGAGCGGGAACUCCUCUUUGAAACCAGUACAGUGGUUGACAUUGCAAAACUAAUGAAAGCCUACAUCAGUAUGAUUGUGAAAAAACGAUACAGCAGCACACGGUCUGAGAGCAGCAAUGGAGAGUCAGGAGCAGCUCCAGGUGAAAACAUUGCCUGCAACACAUAUCUGCCUUAG